AUGCAGUCACGUCGACCUGGCGUCUCCCCGCUCGCCAUUGUUCUGCCUCAUCCACAGCUUCCUAGUCGUCGCUCCUCGUUGCUCUCUGCAGGCUCGGACUCGCAUUCCCAACCCCGCACACCCGUCACAGGCCUCUCCCCCAACUGUUCCGCCAUCUUCUUCGCCCCGUCACGGAAGAGCACCGACAGCUGGAACAGUUCCAACGCUGAUGAGCUUGAGUGGGAGUGGAAACCAGAGCAGGUUCUGCUUCUCUCACGGACACUUGACGCGCUCCCAGCGCACCUAGUCACUCCUUUCAACGGUCCCAUUCCGCCUCCAAACCUCCUAGACAAGAUUGCCCGUGGCGUCUCAAAGGCUAAAGGUCCGGUUGACUGGCCCCACUCCUUACGCGCAACUCGGGUCAAGCUCAUCGAGCUUGCUCGCGCAAAGGCAAAGGAAGAAGCCCUCGCUGAUCAACGCCGCCAAGUUAUCACCGAAGAGCCUGAAGUCGAAAUCGAUGAUGGUUCCAACUACUCUUAUCUGCAUGAUGGAACCGAACGGCCCCUGACCGUCGAAGCUAGAAGGCGUCCGUACAGACAAUCUAGCAUGGACUUUAUCCAGCCUGUCGGUACCGACCUCAAGGAUAAUGAUAGCAUUGCCCGUCUGUCGCGUCGUCUCCAGCGUACCGACCGCACCUUCCCGAACCCAGCAUUCCACCCAUAUGCGCGCGCUUCCCGUGCUCACCCUAACCGCCGAUCCACGUCCCCACCGCCGCUUGCCAAUAUGCCGUCCUUGAUUAACCCAUCCACCGAAAGCUCGGACACCGUCAACAGCUUAUCCACUUUUUCCUCGGAACCUCGUGCCAUUCGCCGUUCGCUCUCCAGUCUGUCGUCCAUCUCCAUGCUUAGUGGCAGUAGUUCCGGAAUUGCCAUCCCCGAUCCAAGGGUACAACGUAUUCGUCGGUCCGAAUCCAUCUCAGUUGGAGCCCCAAAGUCCUCGGUCGGCCUCAAGCGUGCCCCUACCUAUGGUGCCCUGGCUCAAGGGGCCAGGCGUGAGCACAUGGCUUCUCCCGGUCGACACGUUCGCAGGGAUUCGGGUUCCUAUCCAUCCUCUGACGAAGAAGAAAAGGCUCGUGCGAAACAGGCAAAGAAGGCCAGAACCAAGUCCGUCACCCAGACAGCGCUCUCGAACCCUCCCAGUUCCCCUGUGGCGCAGCGACCCUCGUCUCCGCUCCCGCCUCCUGUCCCAGAAAAGGACAGGAAACAUCUCAGGUCGCCCCGCAAGGGUCUUAUUCAGGAUGAAAACGACAAGGUGACCUCAUCUCCUUCACCUUCGAAGCACAAGAAGACGGCCAAGGUCGACGGUUCACUCGAGAAGCCUACGAAUCGCAAACGCCCUGCACCCAUGAAUUUACAGAGGAACCCGAGUAUAUUUGGCCCCGAGUUACCCCACCUACAGAAACAUUCGCCCAAGAAAACCCAUAUAGCGACACCUCUGUCACCAGCGAAACCUCGAGGUAGCAUUUUGACUCCGACGAAAGCGCGAUCCCCAUCUCCAUCUCCUCUUUCUCCCUCAAGCACAAUGGCGUUGUCGCCUGCUGCGCACAUUGUUCCGAGCUCUCCCAGCCCCCCUGCCACACAGAAGGCGAAGACCUUGAGGCGAGUUCAGCGACUUAUCCCUGCCAGGCGGAUCUCCUUUGGUAGUCUGCUCUCCGGCAACGAAGAGGUGAACACCCCUGGUGAAGGAGAGGGUCUGCGCAAUUGCUUGGGGAGCGCCUUCCAACUCCUUUAA